GUCCCUCAUCACGAGUCCGUUCAUAUGAUUCCAGAAGCAGCGGAUGAGGCAUGAAUUUCCCAACGUAGUCUUCUCUUUCAAAGUCAAAAUCAGCUUUUAUGAGUCAAAAUUUAAGAUAAAGUCGUUUGUCUAUCGUUUUUAAUGCAUCUUCCGCGUUUAUUUUCUUUUUAUAUUCAAAAUAAACGUUUGUGUUAGCUUUAGCCAGUUAGCUUGGCUUUAUUACUGCAUCUGAACAUUGACUUCAAGUAUGUGGAUUAAUCGUUGAAAUUGGCCUAAUUCAACCAAAUAUUCUUUCGAUUUUCUUAUAUCUACCCGCGAUGUCACAUAAUAAAUAUAGUGCGUUGCUUUUGUUAUUCUAAAAGGCAAGAAGUUGAAGUACAAUCUCGAGGAAAUCGGUUCGAGAGAUCAGACUGCAUUUCUGUCGUCAAAUUGAUCAAUCAGGACCGAAUCUCUCCCCGCGACGAGACCAAACAAAGAGGACGUUCACCCAAAUCCAUCUAAUUUUAUUUACAGAAGGAGAAUACAGCACAACAAACAAGCUGACAUGAUGUUUCCACAAGCCAGGCACUCGGUGUCGUCUCAGUCGGCACAGCAACUCAAAUUCACCACAUCGGACUCUUGUGAUCGCAUCAAGGAUGAGUUUCAGUUCCUGCAGGCACAAUAUCACAGUUUAAAGUUGGAAUGUGAUAAACUGGCCAGUGAAAAAUCUGAAAUGCAGCGGCAUUAUAUUAUGUAUUAUGAGAUGUCAUAUGGACUCAACAUUGAAAUGCACAAACAGGCGGAGAUUGUGAAGAGAUUGAAUGGGAUCUGUGCUCAGGUGUUGCCCUACCUGUCUCAAGAGCACCAACAGCAGGUCCUGGGGGCGAUAGAUCGAGCCAAACAGGUCACCCCUCCUGAAAUGAACUCCAUCAUUAGGCAGCAGCUUCAGGUUCACCAGCUUUCUCAGCUCCAGGGUUUGGCGUUACCCAUGACCCCUCUGCCCCUGGGCUUGAACCAGCCCAACCUCUCCGCCGCCAACUCCGGGCUCCUGUCGCUGUCCAGCAUCCUCGCAUCACACGCGCACCUCGCCAAGGAGGACAAGAACUCUCGCGACGGGGCCGACGGCCACCGUGACGAAGAUGGUGACAAAUCUGACUAGCGUUUGUUGAGACUCUGAUUCUGUGGUUUGAGUUCUGUAAGUAUAGAGUGCAGAACAACCAGAGAAAGAGAGAGUUGUGAAGGAAUCCAAACACACUACUCUCUACUCAUUUGUCUCAUACAUGAUUAAAGCCAAUCUUUCCUCCUGAGUACUGCAUUUUAAGUCUCAUUCUUUUAGCUUUGUCAUUAGCAACCACAUUGCAAUGCCCUAGCAACCAACUUUCUGGCUCUAUAAGAGGUACAAUGCAUUUGUGGUGGCAUAAUGUUGAUUACCACCAAAAUUAGGUUUGACUCGUCCCUCUUUUUCUUAAAAAAAAUAAAUAAUAAUAAUUGUUUCAUUAAGGCACUUACAAUGGAAGUGAAUGGGGCCAAUAAAAUACUCACUGUUCCAAACGUAUAGCCACAAGAUGUUAAUGAUAUGCGUGUAAACGUGAUUUUAGUGUGAUAAAAUAACUUUCAACUUUUUCUGUGUAAAGUUAAAGCCAAUUUCAAACUUCAUCUCCAUUACAACGUAAACACUAAAUUGACUUUGAAAACGAUGAUUUAAACAAGUUUGCAGCUCAAAUAAUAGACGAGUUUUAACAGAAACAUUAAUGUAAGUGCUUUUAUAAAAUAAAAAGCUUCACAUUUCUGCCUUUAAACCCUCCAAACAUUGGCCCCAUUCACUUCCAUUGUAAGUGCCUCAACGUAACCUCCAUUUUUGUUGUUUGUUUUGAAGAUACGGAGGGAUGAGUCAGUUUUUUUUAUACAUAUUUUUUUGGGGGGGUAUCAAUGUAAUGCAAAAACAAAUGCUGUCCAUUGAGCUUAACUCGUAUUUAACCCAAAAUAUCCCUUUAAACAUGCGACACGAUGUUUGGCAUAUUUAUCGUAUAGUAUAGUGCAUACUAUUCCACGUGCUAAAACAAAAAAAAAACAGUAAGCAGUUCACAGAAUGUACUUUGUAGAAUGCUAGUAUUCCAUUUUGAACGUAGCCAAGUUAUAAAGACAUGACUACCUAUGGCUGUACAUAAGCAUUGGUGCAUUGGGUAUUUUCUAAUUGUGUGUUUCUGGACAUUCAUGUCUCGUAUGUGUCCUCGAAUAUCAGCGCGUGUCCCAUGAUUCCUUGUUUUUACUUGUUUUUCAGUUCGCCAGUGCUAAUAUAUUCUAAGAAACGCUUGCAGUUUAAGUGUGGGUCGUAUACAUACUAAGAUCUGAUCUGGAUUGUAUACUGUCAUUAUAAUCUUUAAAUUAACUUCUUGUUUGAUUUUUCGAUUUUAUCACUUGUUUUUAUUUUAAUAUUUAGAUUUAUUUUUUUUGCUGUUUGCUUCACUGGAUCUCAAAACCAUUUUUCUAGUCAUCCCAGAUGUUUGUGAAUUUAUAUCAUCUGCUGAACUCAAAUGACUGUUUUUAGAAGAAUAUUUCAGCUGUGUAGGUCCAUACAAUGCAAGUGGAUGGUGAUCAGACCUUUUGUGGCUCCAAAAAUCACAUAAGAGCAACAGAAAAAUAGUCCAGGCGACUCCAGGCGGUGAUUAAUUCCCUAUCUUCUGAAGCGAUGUGAUGGAUGUGGGUGAGAAACAUAUUGCCCCCUACUGGGCCGGAGAAGAUUGACAGAAAUGGCUUAAAUAUUGAUCCGUUUCUCACCCACACCUAUCAUGUCUGAACGCAUGGAUUUAUCCGCUGGUGUCUUAUGGUUUGCUCUAUUUAAGUGGAUUUUGGGUCUUCAAAAUUUUGCCACCAUUCUUUUGCAUUAUAUGGACCUACAGAGUUGAGAGAUCCUUCAAAACACCUUCAUUUGUGUUCUGCUGAAGAAGGAAAGUCAUACCCAUCUGGGAUGGCAUGAGGGUGAGUAAAUGAUGAGAGAAUUUUCAUUUUUGGGUGAACUGUCCCUUUAAAUAGGAUGACAACAAAACACUACAGACAAACGAAAAGUGUGUUUGAUUGGUGUGCUGUUGCGAUGAGCCAGUUUAUAUACAUAUAUAAAUAUAUCAAUAUACAUAUAAUUUUGUAAACUUUUUUGUAUGUAUAAAGCUACAUUUAUGUUGUAUGUGUCCCAGAGGACAUUCAGUGCAGUUUUGAUUGUGAAUGCUGUAAUGUGCAGACAUCUAUAAUCGUUUACAUUAUUAAUGAUUACCUUACUAUUUGAUUAGAUGCACAUUUACUGACUGGCCUCAACUAGCUAUAGUUGCUAAUGAAUAAACCUUCUGUUAAGUAGCUCUGUCUUUGUUUUGGUCACCUAAACAUCAGCUGAAUGGGACUGGUUGACCCUAAAAAGUUACUUAAACAAUUUUCAGUCAGGUGCAACUUGUGCAUUUGAUCAUGAUGUGAUCAUCUUUUUCUAUAUGUAGCCCCUCCUUCAUGUGGUGACAGUACUUAUAAAACAUUUGCAACAUUUUUAAGCUUUGUAGUAGUUAUUUUUAAAGAGUGUGUGUGUGUGUUUGUGUUGUAUGUAACAAUGUACUUGAUGGAAAUGUAUGUUGUUAGUGUUGAUGAAAAAAGCUAUUAUAACUUAAUUUAAAGAAAAUUGUUGGAAGAAAAAGGCAAGGUUAAAAUGUUUUACUUUUACUAUACCUGAAUGAGAGAUUGAGCAGUAAGGAAGUAUUUAUCGUGCCUUACAAAUAAACGAUUCAUUGGACCUUUAUCAAUUCUGCUGUUG